CCGCCGCUUGGGGCGCUCAAUUGUUUACUUCCGGUUUAUGUACAUGUGAAAGUUACAUAAAUCUGACAAAAUUGCUUCGCUGUUUACAUCAAAACUUGAUACUCUGAGUCGUGCAAAAUGCCAGAGGGUCCAGAAUUACACAUGGCAAGCCGGUUUGUUAACCACGUGUGCUCUGAUCGAAUGUUCUCUGGCGCAAUUUUCAAGUCUGAAGUGAGCCACAAAAAUCCUGAAAUUCCAUGGAAUGAAAAAAGUUACACAAUUUCUGCCACUUCAAGAGGAAAAGAAGUCAAGUUAACACUACAUACCAUGGACAACAAAACAACAAAGACCUCAAAACCACCAAAAAUCCCCAAAUCUAUGGAUAUUAUAUUUAGAUUUGGAAUGUCAGGAAAGUUCCAAUUUACUUCUGACUCUCCAAAGGACAUUCACAAACAUGCUCAUCUUCAAUUCUUCACAGAUGGUUCUCCAAAGAAGGUGCUCAGUUUUGUUGAUGUUAGGAGAUUUGGUAAAUGGGAAGUGAAUGGUGACUGGGGCAAACAAAGAGGCCCAUGUGUAUUGUUUGAAUAUGAUGCGUUCAGGAAGAAUGUACUUGACAAUCUGAGUACAGCUGCAUUUGACCGUCCUAUAUGUGAGGCAAUGUUAAACCAGAAGUUCUUCAAUGGCAUUGGUAACUACUUGAGAGCAGAGAUACUUUACAGACUACAUAUUCCUCCAUUUGUUUGUGCUAGAGAUGUCUUGGAACCUCUGAAGCUACAGGGGGAUACAAAAGUCAAAUCUGAAACCCCUGAUCUGUUGGCCAUGUGUAAUAUUGUUCCACUUGAAGUUGUUAACCUUGGGGGCAAGGGUUAUGACCCAGAAGGUGGAGCAGAGCAGUACUCUGAAUUUUCCCAAUGGCUACAAUGCUACUACCAGCCAGGAAUGUCAAACAUUGCUGACCAUAACAAACGUACAAUGUGGUUCAGUGGCCCACCAGGUCCUAUGAUACCUAAAGAUGCUAAAACAAGAGCUACAAAGAAAAGACAGAAAAAGAACAAAGUCUCCGAAGAAGAAGAAGAAGAAUCUCCAAUUAAGUCUAAGAGCCAAAACAAGAGAGUAAAGAAGGAAGAAGUUGACACAAACUCAAAGGUCACAAGAAAAACAAAGGCUGCCUCUAAACGCAGAUCCACUUCAUCAGGUCCAACUCCAGCUAAAAAUAAAAAGACACAAAAAGAAGAAAAUGGACCAGGAAAUGUACGAAGAAGUCGGAGACUGAAAACAAAAUGAUAGCUCAUCAAGGAAUACCAAAUCUACCUCGAUCUGGACAAUAUACUAAUGUAUACAUGUAGUAUAUGCUUAUCCUGGACUUGGAUAAUGUCAAAUUAGAUAGGCAAGAUGUAGUUCAGUAGUUAUCGGUCUUUUUUAGUGACAUGAGGCGAAGGGCAGCUGUCAACAAUUCAGAAUCUGACAAUGUAUACUCCAAGUUAUGGGUGUAGCAUUAGGCAUGCGACCCAUUUUUCAAGCUAUAAUAGCCUAAUUGUGAAAUUAAGUUUAAAAGUUGUAAUACACCUCCUUUAGCAUGUUUAGGCUCAUGCAAUUUGCCUCAACUUCUUUUAGAUCCUGUAGACCUAAGGAUAGUCAUUUUCUUCAACUUAUAAAAGACAGUAAACUUACUCAACUGAAAUGGUGUGGAAAGAAUUCUAAGAAAGGUUCAGGGAAAUUUAAAAAAUCAUCAGAUUCAUGCAGUCAGUGAGACAUGCAUCUUUUAGUAUGUUUACUAGUUAGGCUAGAAUGUAGAAUAUCAAAGUAUAACUUGUCGUAGUUGUAUGUCAAGUUUUACAAAUGCAUUGAUAUUUGCUGAUUGUAAGGUUUAUACUGUAAUACUUUUCUAAAAGCAAACUCUGAACAAAAUAUGUCCCAACUCUGUUCCUAAAAUGUGUGAACUGUGUUCACCAAAACUUCAAUAAAAUUCAGAAAAGGUGUAACAAUUCAAAUUUAUUUUGUAAAAUUGAAAUAUGUUAAUGGAAAUUAUUGUUUACCAACUACAAGUGAAUAAAUGACCUUUUAAAUAUUGAUAAUGUUAAUUGAUAAUGAUAAGUUUUGCUAUUGACAUAUAGUUAAUUUUUAACAUCUCUUUAUUAUUUUUCUGGUCGAGAGAUAAAAAUUGUGCCAAAUCUAUCACAAAAUACAGUAAACGCCACAAUAUCUAUUACAAAUAACAGAUGUAACAGAUGAGAGAAAAAAUGUUGUAGCAACAUAUGAACGAAUGAGCUUCUACCAUCAAUAUUUUGAAAAUGUUUUAUUCCAUCAUGAUCGAAGUACCAAAAUAUUACCAGUAAUGAUACUUCAGUAGACUGUAAUUGUGUCAUUAUUGAAAAACUGCACAAUUAUAAAAUAGAUGGGAGUAAACAUUAACCAACUUUUUUUGCUCUUGUUAUAUUAAUGACAAGUGACCCAUGGUAAGGAAAAGUCAGCCAUUUUUGAAUUUAAGUAUAGAAUACUAACCAAGCAUAUACAAUCUUCAAACCCUGCUCAUAGCUUUUGGUGGUGACAUAAAAAAGUU